AUGAGGCCACGGAGAAAGGGCUGCCAGGACAUUACUGAAGCUUACAGGCCACCUGUGCUGAGGGCCAGGAAGAGAACUUGUGUGGAGCCCUGGGUUGUUGGCCUCAUCUCUUUUUUAUCCCUGAUUGUCCUGGCAGUGUGCAUUGGACUCACUGUUCACUAUGUCAGAUACAAUCAAAGGAGGACCUACCAUUACUAUAGCACAUUGCCAUUCACAAGUGACAAGCUAUAUUCUGAGUUUGGAAGAGAGGCUUCUAAAAAUUUCACAGAUAUGAGUCAGAGAAUUGAAACUAUGGUGAAAAACGCAUUUUACAAAUCUCCGCUAAGGGGACAGCUUGCCAAAGCUCACAUUAUCAAGUACAGUGAAGAAGACGAUGGAGUGUUGGCUCACAUGGUGCUGAUUUUUCGAAUUCGCUCUACCGAGGAUCCUGAAAUCGUGCAUAAAAUUAUUGAACAUGUUCUGCAUGAAAAGCUGAAACAUGCUACAGGACCCCCCAGCGUUGAUCCUGAAUCAGUUGAAAUUAAAAAAAUCAACAAGACAGAAACAGACAACUAUCUCAACCACUGUUGUGGGACACGACGGAAUAAAUCGACAGCCCAGACUAGUGUGAGGAUUGUCGGUGGGACACGAGUAGAAGAAGGAGAGUGGCCAUGGCAAAGCAGCCUGCAGUGGGACAGGGCCCACCGCUGUGGAGCGACCUUAAUCAACAGCACGUGGCUCGUGAGCGCUGCUCACUGCUUUCGAACGCACAGGGAUCCAUCCAGAUGGACUGCUUCCUUUGGGGCAACAUUACAACCUCCAAAACUGACCACAGGCGUCAAGAGGAUAAUUGUUCAUGAAAAAUACAAAUACCCGUCACACGACUAUGACAUUGCAGUCGUAGAGCUUUCAAAGCCUGUCCCCUGCACAAAUGCAGUGCACAAGGUUUGUCUCCCUGACGCAAACCAUGAAUUCCAGCCGGGGCAGAGGAUGUUUGUGACAGGAUUUGGAGCACUGCAAAAUGAUGGUUUCACUCAGAAUCACCUUCGGCAAGUACAAGUGGACUACAUAGAUACCCAAACCUGCAAUCAACCUCAAGCUUACAAUGGCGCCAUCACUUCCAGGAUGCUGUGUGCUGGCUUUCUAAAAGGAGAAAAAGAUGCAUGCCAGGGUGACUCCGGAGGACCGCUGGUUACUUCCGAUGUUAGAGAUAUCUGGUACCUUGCUGGAGUGGUGAGCUGGGGAGACGAAUGCGGCCAACCCAAUAAGCCUGGUGUUUAUACUAGGGUGACAGCCUUCCGGGACUGGAUUGCUUUCAACACUGGGAUCUAAAACGGAGAGACCCAGUGGAACGAAAUGCAGGUUUUCGUCAGUAGGCUGUUCUCAGAG